UCCCCCAUUCCUCUCGUUCAUCAUGACUAUCUCGUUGUAAUCUCCGCCUCUCUUCCCCGUCAACACAUUGACUCUCCGCUUCUCCUUUCCUCUCUUCCCCUUCCCAACCCAAGUAACGUGCUCUCCACUAUCUCUCCCUAAGUCGACCUCCGUCUCCGCCCCGACGAAAACGAACGGACACGUCUCCAGUCGCCUGCCUCCUUAUCGAUUAGUCCGGACUCCGUGCCGUAUAAUCAAUCCCCUCCCCAUCGCACCGCACCCGACCGUUGGUUCUAGAUUCGGCGAUUGGCAUCCCUUCGACUAUCCUCGGAGUAUAGUGAUUGUGCCUCGCUUACUGCUCACGUCCAUCGCACCUUUGCUCAAUCGACCUCCCCAUCCACCACCACCACCCUACCAACGACCCUCACACGCACAAUGGCCGGCCCGUCCAUCCAGGAUCGCACGGGCGAGUUCCACGCCAUUCUCGGCCAGGCCCAGAAACGCCUAGCCUCCAGCAAAGUCGGCCCUCAGCGCCAGGCCCUCCUGUCCGAUGCGCAGCGCCGACAAGCCAAUGGGUCCGCCGAUGCACAACACCCGGGGAAGCGACGGUCGGAGUUUGCGCGGAGAGCCGUGGAGAUCGGACGCGGGAUCACGGCGACGACCGCCAAGUUGCAGCGGCUGGCUGAGUUGGCCAAACGCAAGACACUCUUCGACGACAGACCGGUCGAAAUCUCCGAGUUGACCUAUGUCAUCAAGCAAGAUCUCGCUUCCCUGAACCAACAGAUCGCCUCGUUGCAAGCGCUCACCCUCUCCCAACAUCCGAAGAACACUCGGUCCAAAGCGGACCAGGAAGGCGAGCAUAAUGAUAAUGUGGUCGUGAUGCUCCAAGGCAAACUGGCCGACGUGGGCGCCAACUUCAAGGACGUCCUCGAAGUGCGCACGAAGAACAUCCAAGCGUCGCGCUCGCGCACCGAGAACUUCGUCUCCUCCGUCUCGCAGAAGUCCCACACGGCCCUCGACCCCCAGCGCUCCGACUCCCCGCUCUACAACCCCUCCGGCCGGCGGACGCCCCAGCCCGGCGGCGGCGGCGGCGGCGGCGCGGACCUUUUGACUCUGGAACCCACGAACCCGUCGCCGCUGGGCCGGCCGUCGAUCCACUCGGACCAGCAGCUCCUCGUGAUGGAGGAGGCGCAGACGAACAACGCCUACAUCCAGGGCCGCGGCGAGGCGAUCGAGGCGAUCGAGCGCACCAUCAGCGAGCUGGGCGGGAUCUUCGGGCAGCUGGCCCAGAUGGUCAGCGAGCAGUCGGAGAUGAUCCAGCGCAUCGACGCCAACACGGAGGACGUGGUGGACAACGUGCAGGGCGCGCAGCGCGAGCUGAUGAAGUACUGGACCCGGGUGUCGGGCAACCGCUGGCUGAUCGCCAAGAUGUUUGGCAUUUUAAUGAUCUUCUUCCUCCUCUGGGUGUUAAUAUCAGGAUAAAGACACCCUUCCCUCUCCCUCAAACACAAACCCCUCCCCCUCAACAUAAUGUAUUAAUACCAGGUCCAUGUUCGUAUCUUGCUGCGCCUGAACGAAAUCAUGUAGCCCUCCUUUUUUUUUUUUUCUAAUACACCGCUACACCCUUUCCUUUGUGAUAUGUGUGUGUGAGUGAGUGUAUGUGUGUGCAUGACCUACCUCACGCAGGGGGCAGGCUUUGCCCGCCCUUCUUCAUUCUUGCUUCUUUCCAAUUCGACCCAACCAUUUUGGCCAUGGCUAGAUCUUCCAUGUGAAACCCUUUUCAUCUCUCUGCCGAGUGCCCAUGUCACUACUACCACCGCCAACGCCAUCCCCCCAAAUCCCUCCUUCCCGUCGUGCUUGACAGUUGAAACGCAAGCAUGACUUCAUGUGCAUAAUGGGCUCACGAGUGUCGUCG